CAAAGGCUAAACUAACAAGCAUGCAUGCACUCACUAAAAGGGUAUCAUCUUGAUCACUACCAAAUCAAUAUUGAAUGAUCAUUGAACGAAUACAUGAAGUGAUCUAUUGGCUGCUCUGUCGAUCUGACGCCAACAAAUAUCUUUUGCGUUCGUCAUCAUACCAAUCAACAUGCGGAAUACUUUGACGCCCCGGAUGAACAGCCUUGAUAUGAUUCAUCCAUACCCACCGUAUCUCGUUCGUUUUCCCUGCACUUUUAAAGAUCAUCAUCUCAGAUCAGUAUUUCUACUGGCGGCUUAUGUCAGAGACAUAGAGAUCGGUUCGAAAUGACAAUAAACCGAUUCGUAACACUGUGGUUGUCCUUCGUUGUUCAUACUGCUCUCGCUUCGGUGCAAUUGCGGAAGAGAGCGAAUAAACAUACAGGAUUUGAUUUGAAUAAGAGUCCGGCCGCAGAAACUGAUAGUGAUGAUGAUUUAAACCACUCUCCUAAUCAACCUCUAAAAGCUACAACAAGCAGCGAUAGACAUACCGAAAAAUCUGCUCUGAUCCAACAUCUUCAGGAUCAACACAUUGCUAGAGAACAACUACAUUUGAAAGCCUUACACCAGGCGAAAGAAACAGGUUCGUCCUAUCAAAAAGCAUAUUGGAUGAUCAAAAAAGAAGCAUUCUUAGAGAGCAUGCGAGUGAAUGAACCAGAACGUUAUAAUACCCGUCAAGAAAUCCAAGGGAGCAAGAGAAAAAAGAUAAAUCAAAGACGUAAUAUUGAUAGACCAAAGAGCAAAUACCAAAAGUUAAUCAAAUUACGUAACGAGGGAACGAUUACGCCUGAACAAUCGAUAGAAUUGGCGGAUCAAGCACGAAAAGAUUUGAUUCGAAAGCAAAGAUAUAGGAAGAAGAAAAAGGAAGAAGGACAAAUACAAGCCAAAUCUUCUACAAAAGGUGUAAAGAUCGUUGAGCUACAGAAAAGAGGGAACAAUCACAGGAAUUUGGAUUUGAAUAAAAGUCCGGUCGCCGCAAGCAGCAGUGAUGAUGAAGUAAAUCAGUCUUUCAGUCACUCUCCCGAAGCUACUAUAAGUUCAAAUCCGCAAGUACAAAAGAAAGACAGCAAUCAACAUACCGGAUCCUUUGGACAUAACAAAAAUCCUAUAGAUGAUAGCGCUGCCAGAGACAACUUACGUACGAAAGCACUACAGCAUGCAAAAGAGACUGGUCAAUCUUAUCAAAAGGCAUACUGGAUCAUAAAAAAGCAAGCGUUUUUGGAAAAUAUGCGAGUGAAUGAUCCGGAACGUUGGAACACUCGUCAAGCAGUCAAAAAGGAGAAGAGAAAAAGGAAAGAAAUGAAUGAUCCUGGCAGGCCCAAGAAUAAAUAUCUAAGGUUGCUUAAAUUACGUAGAGAAGGAAAACUUACGCUCGCACAAGAAACAGAAUUGGCAGAUCAGAAACAAAAGUACUCAAUGUUAAGACAAAAACCUUCAGCUCAACUGCAGAAAAGAGGAAACAAUCGUAUGGAAUUAGACUUGAAUAAAAGCCCGGCAGCCGAGUCAAGUAGUGAUGGUGAGGUGGGCCGGUCAUCUAAUCAAGCUUCAGAAGCUGGGACAAGGAGCGAGAAACAUGCCGAAUCAUAUGCCCAAUAUAGAGCCCCAGAUGAGUACUACACCACCAGAGAAAACCUACAUUUCAGGGCAACACAGCAUGCAAAAGAGACUGGCAUUUCCUAUCAAAAGGCAUAUUGGAAGAUCAAAAAGCAAGAGUUCCUAGAGAAUAUGAGAGUAAAUGAACCGGAACGUUGGAAUGCUCGUCAAGCCAAGAAGCAGAAACAAAGUAGUACUCAGAAACAGGCUGGAACAAGGUCACAAGAGCAACAUGAAAGCACUGAUCAGCAUAACAGAUCAUCUACUCAAGUCGAAAGUUACCCAUAUCAACAGGCUACCAAAGAAAAUAUACAUUUUAGAGCAGUACAGCAGGCAAAAGAGACUGGUAAGUCUUAUCAAAAGGUAUAUUGGAAGAUAAAAAAAGAAGCCUUUCUAGAGAAUAUGCGAGCGAAUGAUCCAGAACGAUAUAAUGCUCGUCAUAAAAAUCAAAUUGAUCCAAAGAAGAAGAUAUAUAUCUAUACUGGCAAGACAAAAGGUAAAUACAAUCGUUUACUCAAGUUACGUCGAGAGGGGAAGAUUACGCCUUCACAAAGACUGGAAUUAGCUCAAGAAACAAAGAAAUGGACAAAGUCGCAGUCGAAAGAUCUGCAUGUGUUUGGCUAUUAUUGCAAGACUCAGAUUGAAAUGAAUCUUACUUGUUUCGUCUUAUUGUUAUUGUGGUGCUCACACGCUUUUUGUAAUGCUUUCGUUCUGCAACAUUUCCAUGAAAGAGGUUACAGGCCUGAGUGUUUGGUGAAAAGAGCAGAUCUCGAUCUUAACAAGAGCCCGGCGGCUGAAAGCAGCAGUGAUGAAGAUGGAACUCGAUCUCCUGCUCAGCCCUCAGAAGCUAGAGCUGGCGUGAGACCGCAAGUACGACAUGAAAGCAUUGAUCAGCAUGCUCGAUCAUCUGUUAAGACUGUAGCUCAUACGGAUCAAGAUUCAACUAAAGAUGAUCUGUACUUAAAAGCACGACAGCACGCAAAAGAUACUGGUAAGUCAUUCAUAAAAGUUUAUUGGAUGUUCAAGAAGAAAGCACUCCUUGAACGCAUGCGAACUAAUGAACCAGAGCGUUGGAAUUCCAGAGAAGAGCAUCAGAAUGCUAAAAGAAAGAAUAGGAAGAUCAAACGGCAAAGAAGUCAAUAUGCAAAUUUGAUAAACUUGCGUCGAGAAGGCAAAAUCACACCUGCACAACGAUCAGAUCAAGGGUCAGAAGUACAGCCAGGAGGCAACGAUCAUCAUCCAGGACCAUCUGUCCAUAGCGAGAGUCAUUCAAAUCAUUACACCGCCGAUGAAGACUUCCGUCUCAAAGCACUAAUAUAUGCAAAAGAGACUGGAAGGUCCUAUCAAAAAGCAUACUGGAUGGUAAAAAAGCAAGCAUUUUUGGAGAAUAUGCGUAAUGAAGAACCAGAGCGUUGGAAUGCUCGCGAAGAAAUUCAAGGAAAGAAAAGAAAGAAGAACAGCGAAAAACGAUCUCAGCAAAGAAAAGAAUUGAAAAGGUUACGCCGAGAAGGGAAUGCUACGCAUGAACAACGAAUGCAACUGGCUCACCGUGCAGAAAAAGAAUAUGAACGAAGAAAGAGAUUUAGAAAAAAAGCAAAGCAAGCCAAAGAUUCAAAUGGUGUUGAAAUUGAUUUGAACUUGUCGCCACAGAAGGAAGAAACCCGUAGCGUUCAAAAGACCUUGAACGCUAUUGAUCCCGCAAGUCAAUCACAGACAAAAAUACGUCCAUAUGUGCGACGUACAUAUACACCACGAACGAUUAAGAAGGAAUACAGUGAAGGUAGUGGAGCCCGUAGAUCAAGGUUGUAUCGCGAAAGACGUCGUCAAGAUCCACAAAGGCUAGAAAGAUAUCUUUCAAAAGAACAAAGGAAGCAAGAAUUAAACGAGCAGCAAAGCAUACAAUUGGCAGAAUAUCGUCGAAGGCGUAGUAUGUCAAAAGAAAGGUGGAAUGCAAGAAAGAAGGCGCGCAUGGAGAAUUUGAACGAAGCAUCCGAAAGGAAAGAGUAA